ACACUUAAUCUUAGCUAGAAUGAUGAAGUACCAUGUUUAAUUUUCGAUUGUGCAAUUUGGAAUAAAAUGGUCCAAAUUGAGCUGAACGGAUGCUGAUGAUUCAUAUAGCAGACUCCAAGUAGUUUGGUAUUUAGGUUAGUUGUUGCAUACACUGUUAUCUUUGUCGUUAUAAUUGGAAGUAAUAUUUUAUGUUGUUAGCUGAUUAUUAUUCAGGUUAAUUUAUCUUUGACUCAUUCUUGGCUGUAACUGAUCACCUGAAAAUUAUUAGCAAUAAUCUUCUUAAACAUUUUGAAACAUCCCAAAAUGUAAAGAUUGACUCAUGAAUUAAAACAGAAGGAGCAAUAUAUAACCAGAACAAUCAAAAAUAAAUUUAUAUCUCAUGAAUAGUUUAUCCUUAUUUCUCUUAUCAGCCGCAUAUGCUUUAUCAAGCAUAAUUUUUGCUAACCUGAAACUUAUUAGCAGUAGUCUUCUUAAAACUCAAUUAGGAUAUGAGUUUGUCUGAAGAGUCUUUUCUCAUUACUACAUAUUUGAUAUUCACCAAAAAUUGUGGCAUUACUGAACCAAAACAUAGUAGUUAGUAUUUCUGUUUAGUGAUACCGUUAUCAAAGAAGAAAACAACAACAUACCUAGUGUAAUCCUACAAAUGGGGUUUGAGGAGGAUGGUGUGUACGCAGACCUUACCCCUACCUUUUCAAGGUAGAGAGGCUGUUUCCGAAAGACCCUUGGCUCAAGUAAAGCAAUUCAAUACCAUUAUCAAAUGAGAAAAAAAAAGACUAUUGAAUGAGUGCUGCAAAUUCUAUAUCAAUAUGUUGUAAAAGUCUCUCGCGUUACCCGCAUCUUUUCAAAUUAACUUCUAAACAUUUGGGUUGUGUGCCAUUUGAUUUAAAUCCAGUAAGCUGCUUAAACUGAAGUACUAAACUGAAACUCUUACUUCUCUGACCCAGUUUUCGCUUGUGUUUCCUUCAUUUUUAUGGCUUUUUGGCUAAUGAAUGCUCUAGUAUGUUAUGGUACUUUGGCCACCACACAGAUUUUUGGAAAUAGUUUACUUCAAAAUUUUGAGGUUAUGGAGACUCCAAUUGGUACUCAGUCAAAUACGACGAGCCUCAAAGGUUACAGGUAUGCAAUUGUGUUACAUGCCUCCGAUGAUUAAACAUGGUACGAAAAUAGUGCAAAUUAACCAAACUGAGCUAGAAGCACAACGUAAACGAUGGGAAAAUGCAUUAAUAAGGUAUGUUAUGGGGUGUACUCCUUUGUUUAAAGAGAUGCUGCAAUUUGUCCAUAGCUUAUGGGACUUUGUUGAAAUACCUAAGAGUCUAUCUACAUGAUGAUCGGUACUACAUCUUCUUGUUUGCUACUAAGGAAGAUAAGGAAGCAGUGCUUGAGUAUGGACCUUACUUUUUCAAUAGUAGGCCAGUUAUUUUGAGGGAUUGGGAACAUGAAUUCCAAUUUCAACCUGAGCUGCUACGUAUUGUGCCCCUGUGGGUCCAAUUGCCUAGAUUGCCUAUCUUGUACUGGGCUGACGACAACUUGAGUAGAAUUGCUAGUUGUCUGGGCAAAUCAGUGUGUGCAGACCAACUUACAGCUCAGAUUGGGAGGGUGUCUUAUGCAAGAGUACUGAUAGAAAUGGACAUUACACAACCAUUACCUGAGGUAUUGAUAAUAGAAGAAGCUGAUGGGGUGCUGAGGUAUCAGGAGGUCAAAUAUGAAUGGAGACCAAAUGUGUGCUAUGGCUGCCUUAAACUGGGGCACUGUACAAAGGAGUGUCUAGCUAAGGGGGAUAAGGAAACACAUGAACAAGCUCCACCACAACCUAGAAGGAGGAAGACUAGAAGAAGACCAUCAACACCUCAAUGGAAGCCAAAGGUGGGUGGGGAAUGUUCUAAGCAAAAGGAAGUGACAUCAGAGGAGAUUGAUACAAGUCUUGCAACAGAUCCGGUGGUGAAUGUACCAAGUGCUAGUGGUGUUGUAAACUCAGAUGGUGCACAUCCAUCAGUGGCCAAUACUUCUGAGGGGCCUAGUCCUCAGACUGCUCAAGAAGUGGUUGCUGCUUUACUUACAGGGGCAUUACAAGGCCCAUGGCAAUUUGGAACUGUGCAAGAUGAAAUGGCUAACAGGGCUAAAGCACCUGACUUAGCCACAACCACAUGAUUAUCU